AUGACUGUUGGUGACUAUCAGAAUUUUCGUACAGACUCUCGAAAUAUCAGUAGUAAUAUCACUGUUGAUAUGAAUAGGAAUUUCGAAAACGAAACAUGUCUUCCCCAUGCUUAUCCUUUUGCAUUUGGUGUGUAUGGGGUUCUGUGUCCGAUCAUAUUCGGUGUGACGCUUAUCACAAACAUCUUGGUCAUUGCGGUGUUUGCCCGGAAGAAGAUGCGUUCCCCAACGACUAUACUUUUGAUAGCCUUAGCAAUGAGCGAUACGCUUUCGGGAGGGGUGAUAAGCUACAUAUAUGUGUACAUAUAUGGACUUGGUCACGCGGACACUCCAAUGGACUACCCAAUGUGCUAUUUUUAUGACUACCUGUCUCAUUUAAGUUCCCUAUUCCACACAGCAUCUGUUUGGAUUACAACAUGUUUAGGGAUUCAGCGCUAUAUUGUAAUCGCUCAUCCGUUCGUGGGGCCAAGACUAUGUACGAUUCGUGUUUCUCUGUUUAGUGUAUUAGGUAGCCUUUUUCUCGCGGCUGCAAUGUACACCCCGAGAUUUCUCUACACUAACUACGACUUCAUUCGGGUUGUUGAUGAAAACGGUUUCACACAAGACCUGUGCCUUUGUCACGACAAUCCCGACAUCUCAGAAAAAUACGAGAGACUUGUUAACAUCUUUCGUUGUGCUCUUGGUCAACUUGUGCCUUGUACUCUGCUGAUAGUGACCACAUUUCUCCUGGUCCGGAAGUUGAAGACAGAAUCAAAACGGAUAUUACUUCUUCACGCGCACGAAGAGAACGAACGUGAGCGCCGAGACUUCCGGCAAAUCAAAAGGACCUCCCAAAUGAUAAUUAUUCUCGUGGUCAUGUUUAUAUUGGUAGAACUUCCGAAUGGAAUGGUAUUCGCCAUUUUGUUUUACGAUAAUACAUUGUUUAGUAGUCUAACCACGCUUUACCUUGCCGUUAUCCUCAACGUUCUCGUGUACGUGAGUUUCCUAGUAAACUUUUGGAUUUAUGUAUGUCUCAGCGCUCAAUUUAGGAAAUCUCUCAACGAUUUACUGCAGAUUCGGAAAUGUUUCAAAAAGAUUUCAAUGAAACGAAUGGAUAAGACUAUCACCUCUUUGGAUUUCAACUAA